AUGUCAUCAAACGCAACACCAACCACAACGACAGCACCACCCCUCAUCUCAACACCCACAAACCCCCAACCACCCCUCCCCCCACCCCAAACCUUCGACAUCCUCCCACCCCUCCACGCCCUCCUCUCGCGACUGGAACCCUCUCUAAACGUCUACACCCCCGACACCUCAGCAGCCCUCCCACCAGGAAACGCCGCACAUACACCCGUAACCUCCGCUUCAGCUCUCCCGACAUCAGCACCACAGCAAUUGGAAUACAAAGAUGCUGCUGUGGCUGCUCAGUUCUUGAAGAGUAGGAUUAGGAAAGCGUUGGCCGAGUUGGGUGGGCUGGCGGAUAUGGAGAGAGGGGUUGAGGAGCAGGAGGAGGAGAUUAGGGGUUUGGAGGAUAAGAUUCAGAGGCAGAGGGAUGUGUUGGCUAGGUUGGCUGUGUUGGCCGAGGAGAAGGAUGUUGAGAUGGGUGGUUAA